AAGCUGAUGUCUUGGGCAACCAGCUUGGCCAAAGUGGAAGUAGCCCAACCACAAACUUCCGCGGGAUCUAUAAAAGCUCAGAUUGAAAUUAUUCCAUGCAAAGUUUGUGGAGACAAGUCUUCUGGUGUUCAUUAUGGUGUCAUAACAUGUGAAGGUUGUAAGGGUUUUUUCAGGAGAAGCCAAUCGAGUGUAGUAAACUACCAGUGUCCGAGACAGAAGAAUUGCGUAGUUGAUCGUGUCAACAGGAACAGAUGCCAGUACUGUCGUUUGCAAAAAUGCCUUGAUUUGGGAAUGUCCAGAGAUGCUGUGAAGUUUGGCAGAAUGUCGAAAAAGCAGCGUGAAAAAGUUGAAGAUGAGGUGCGUUUCCAUCGAGCCCAACUAGUCCGUCCACAUCAGCAGCAGCAACAGCAGCCAGCGACGCUGCUCACACCUCAAGCAACCGAAACGUCUCCGGAUAGCUCGGUUUUCGAACAGCAGCAGCCGUCCUCUUCGAAUCAACAUGUGCCGUAUCUUAGUAAUGGGUAUAGCUUCAAUAAUGAUAUCACAGCUUACACUCCAAAUGGCUAUGCUUACAGUAAUCAAACGGUUACAUUUGAUCUCUCCAGUACCGAUUUUGCUGACAGUACGACGUUCGAUGCUCACUCCCUCUUAGAUGAUAUUCCUGAUACAAGCAGUCUCUUAUCCGUAGGUUUGCAACAGGAAAGCCUGAUUACUACAGCUAACGCAUCUCAUAUAGAUCUCCUAUCGAAAACAGUUUCUGAAGCUUAUAUCAGAACGUGUUUAUACACUGUCGAGCAGAUACAAGAUAUGAUACGGAGGCCGCAAGAUAUUUCCAGAAUUUUGUAUUAUAAAAAUAUGGCGCAUGAACAUUUGUGGCUGGAAUGUGCACAAAGGUUGACGAGUAUAUUGCAGCAAAUAAUUGAAUUUGCAAAAAUGGUGCCCGGUUUUAUGAAACUGUCUCAGGAUGAUCAAAUAGUGCUUUUAAAAUCAGGUGGUUUUGAGCUAAGUAUAAUCCGAAUGAGCCGGUACUACGAUUUGCCUUCCAGAUCUGUUUUAUUCGGCGAAAGCUUACUUCCCGCUGAAGCUUUCAUUACAUCAGAAACCACGGAAAUGAAAUUGGUUAAUAGCACCUUUGAUUUUGCGCGGAGUCUUGCCGAAAUGAAAAUGACUGAUACAGAGCUUGCAUUGUAUUCUUCUUACAUUCUUCUUUCUCCAGAUCGUCCAGGAUUGAAAGGUCUUACUGACAUACAGAGACUGAACCAAGCUACUCUGAAGGCACUUCGCCAAGAGCUUGACCGUACACACAAAUCGCCAUUCAAGGGUGAUAUAUCUGUUUGUGAGUCCCUACUUGCAAAGAUACCCGUACUUCGAGAAUUGAGUCUUCUUCACAUAGAAGCAUUGAUCAAGCUUCAACGAAUCGCCCCACAUUUAGAUUUUCCAGCUCUGCACAAGGAACUCUUCUCUGGGGACCUAUAA